AUCACCAAGACCGAUCACGCAGGUUGGCUUUGGAUUAUCACCCUGCUGUCGUUCGUCUACGUUGUCUCAACAUUCGUUAUACGAUUCGUGGUGAAAUAUGGAAUGUAUGGCCAGGAUGACUGGGCUUUGUUGGCGUCGACUGUAGCCGCUGUUGGCCAAUACACCGCACUGCUUGCUGCACUGAGUAACGGCUUGGGCAAGAGCUUCAUACUACUGUCCACCGACCAGAUCAGUAUCAUCGAAAAGUACACUACUGCAUCUACCGUCUUGUACAUACUGGCACAUUCUUUAUCGAAGGUCUCGACAGCUCUCCUCACCCAGCGAUUGUUCGAAAAGGGACGGAAACGAAGCUCAGUGGUACUCUCCUGGCUACUGGUCUGCAUAUCAGCAUUGUACGGGCUGAUUGGCAUACUUGCUGCACUCAUCACUUGUUCAAGUCCAGCUUUUCCACAUCCCGGAAGCAUCUCAUGUCCCAAUCGUCCUGCCAGAUGGCAGAUCAUACUCACCCUGGACAUGGUCUCGGAGGUCCUACUUGUCAUCGUUCCACUGGUUCUGGUACUGAAGGUCUUGAUUGAAAGAUCAGCGAAGAUCACAGUCACGACAAUCUUCGCAUUCAGAUUGAUGGAUGUUGUGUUUGCCGCACUAAAUUUAAGUCAAAUCAGCAUGUUCCGAGAUGGCAAGGGCUACGGCGCUGACCUUGUGCUACCCUUCAUCUGGACCGAGACCGAGCUGUUCUGGUCUAUCGUCUCAGCCUCGCUGCCAUGUCUGAAGACAUUUAUGCGGCCGUUUGAU